CCAGACCGUGAGACGCUGGUGCACCAGAGGCAAAGCACAUUUGCUCCACACCUGCACAUCUCCACCACUGUGAACAGAGAGCAUGGAGGAAGACCUACAGAAGAGGCCCACGUCCAGGGGUCUGAGUACCCUGGAGAAGAGCCUGAUACUACUGUUUGUGGCUCUGACUGGCGCCUGCAUCGGACUGGUGGUCAUCUACUUCACUGACAAGAACAGCGUCUCCACUGAUGAAGAGGUCAAUUCAGGAUGCGGGGGUCCUCAGGCACUCAAGGGCCCGUCGGGGGAGUUCACCAGCAUGAAUCACCCCAGUAGCUACGACAACGGCAUGAGCUGCAGCUGGCACAUCACUGUGGACCCAGGCAUG